CUAUCUGUCUUUGAGACAGCCAGCUCCUCAGCCAAAGGAUGUUAUUUUGAAGUGGGCCCAGGCAGAAGUAAUGUACAACAACACGUGCAGGAUGUGUUAAAACCAGGGGUUCCCCUGCGUUUUCACACUAAGGACCUUUGAGUUACUGUACAGUAGAGUUGAUGAUACAUUGCUACAGGGGACCCUAUCAAAUCUUUUUGUGGAUUGCUAUUGGGACUGUCAUCUGAUACAGAGACAUUUGAUCACGUUAUUUCAUUGUGCUAAAAUCUAAUCUGUGGAACUAACCAAUACUCAUUGGACAAAGACCCUGUGGAUACUCCAUCAGGGCCUCCCUGGCAAUCCCUGGACUCCACGUUUAGAGCCUCUGGUUUAAGUUCUCUUCAGAGUGUUGUAAAAGAGCUACGUUUAUUACCAUCUCAUCAAGAAAGAGCAAAGAACAUUUUGACCAUGCAUUGAAGACUGAGCUGGAAGCCUUAGAGAGUCAAGUUUACACGGAGUCAGCCAUGCCUAUCAGAAAAAAAGACACAGUUCGAGUCCUGGGGCUUUUGGAGGAGUACUGCACUAAACUGAGGGAGCCGGAGGAGCAGCAGCUCAAAACUGCCAUUUUGAGAGUAAUGGGGAUUUUCAAAAGCAACCUGUUUGAAGCGCUUCUUGAUAUCCAGGAGUUCUAUGAAGUGACGCUGCUAAACACACAGAAGAGCUGUGAGCAAAAGCUGGAGGAGGUCAACCACAUGGCUGACAAGUGGGAGAAGAGUGUUUCUAUACAAAACUCUGAGCCUGCACACUCUGUCUGUCCAGUGGAGGAGCAGAGGGAGCAGAACAGCUCAGAAGCCAGCGGUAAGGACAAGGGACAGAUCAGUGCCAAGACCUCUGAGAACAGGCCACCAGCAGUACAGGGGUCACCCCACAACGGCCAGCCCCCACCCUGCAUGAACCCUGCCUUGAUGAACGCGCCCUGGCAGUACCACUACCAAGAAGACGACUCGCCAUCUCUUGACCAUGGAUUCCCGCGGCUCACCAACGAGGUGCGCGCCCCGGAGCUUGUGCACAUUUCUGAGAAGAACCUGUCUGAGAUUGAGAAUGUGCACGGCUACGUGUCUCAUUCCCACAUCUCUCCUCUCAAGCCUGCGCUGGUUACCCGUUUUGAUCUUGCAUACCCGGGUGUGACCACAGCAAACUACAUGGCCAGCCCUGCCCCGAUAAUCGUCAACACAGACACUUUGGAGUCAGCUCCUUAUGUCAAUGGCACAGAAAUUGAAUACGAGUUUGAGGAAAUCACUCUAGAGCGGGGUAACUCAGGGUUGGGCUUUAGCAUUGCCGGAGGCACAGAUAACCCACACAUCGGGGACGACCCUGGCAUCUUCAUUACCAAGAUCAUCCCUGGAGGAGCCGCAGCAGAGGAUGGACGACUGAGAGUAAAUGACUGCAUCCUGCGGGUGAAUGAUGCAGACGUGUCUGAAGUUUCUCACAGUAAAGCAGUAGAAGCCCUGAAGGUUGCAGGUUCUAUUGUUCGGCUGUAUGUGCGGCGCCGCAGGCCAAUGCUGGAGACCGUCAUCGAGAUCAAACUCAUCAAAGGACCAAAAGGGCUUGGCUUCAGUAUUGCAGGUGGAGUUGGAAACCAGCACAUUCCUGGAGACAACAGCAUAUACGUCACCAAGAUCAUUGAUGGUGGGGCAGCACAGAAGGAUGGCCGGCUACAAGUAGGAGACAGGCUGAUAAUGGUGAACAACUACAGUCUGGAGGAAGUGUCUCAUGAAGAGGCUGUGGCAAUUUUGAAGAACACAUCGGACGUGGUCUACCUAAAGGUGGGAAAGCCCACCAAUGUCUACCUAUCAGAUCCCUAUGGGCCUCCUGAUAUCACACACUCUUUCUCUCCAGAAAAUCAUAUCUCUUCCCCCAUCAACAGUGGCACUCUGGAAUACAAGUCUGGCCUCCCUCCCAUCUCCCCCGGGAGUUAUUCCCCCCUCCCUAAGCACUUACUUGGGGAAGAGGAUAUAAACAGGUUGGAUGGUUUUUCCUUCUUACGAAAUCCCUCGCUAGAUGACGGGGAGGGUCACAGGUUUGGUUCCCAGCACUUCCAGUUGAGGCCUCCCGAGCCAGUUUACAGCACUGUGAACAAACUAUGUGACAAAGUACCCUCCCCCCGACACUAUUCCCCAGUGGAGUGCGACAAAAGCCUCCUCCACUCCGCCCCCCUCCCAUAUCACUUAAGCCUGUUCCCUGACUCGGACGUCACCAGGGAACCCAGGAAGGUUGUGCUCCACAAAGGCUCCACAGGCCUGGGCUUCAACAUCGUGGGCGGUGAAGACGGCGAGGGCAUCUUUGUUUCCUUCAUCCUGGCCGGAGGGCCCGCUGACCUGAGUGGAGAGCUGAGACGAGGCGACCAGAUCUUAUCAGUAAAUGGUAUUGACUUACGAGGAGCCACACAUGAACAAGCGGCAGCAGCACUGAAAGGAGCCGGACAGGUGGUCACUAUCAUUGCCCAGUACAGACCAGAAGAACUUGCUCUAUGCUCACCGCGACGGGCCCCCUCUCCGGCACCAGAGUACGGACGUUUUGAGGCCAAAAUCCAUGACCUGCGGGAACAGAUGAUGAACCACAGCAUGAGCUCUGGCUCAGGAUCCCUGCGAACCAAUCAGAAGAGAUCUCUCUAUGUGAGGGCACUGUUUGACUAUGAAAAGUCAAAGGACAGCGGCCUCCCCAGCCAAGGGCUCAGCUUCAGGUAUGGGGACAUCCUCCACGUCAUCAACGCCUCAGAUGAUGAGUGGUGGCAGGCCCGCCGUGUCACCCCACAUGGGGACAGUGAGGAAAUGGGUGUCAUCCCCAGCAAGCGACGGGUGGAAAGGAAAGAGCGCGCACGUCUAAAAACUGUGAAGUUCAAUGCCAAGCCAGGGUCAUUUGAUUCAAAAGGGUCAUUCUAUGACAAACGUAAAAAGAAUUUCAUCUUCACACGAAAGUUCCCAUUCUACAAGAACAAAGAGGGUGAGCAGGAUGGCAGUGAUUCCGACAGGAGUCAAGAGGAUGUGAUUCUCUCAUAUGAACCUGUGAUGCGGCAAGAAAUUAAUUAUGCCAGACCCAUCAUAAUCCUGGGACCGAUGAAGGACAGAAUCAAUGAUGAUCUGAUUUCUGAAUUUCCAGACAAGUUUGGCUCUUGUGUGCCACCUGCUAACAGUUCAGGGCACCAAGAUACUACUCGGCCCAAGAGGGACUAUGAGGUGGACGGGCGAGACUACCACUAUGUGAUGUCCAGAGAGCAGAUGGAGAAAGACAUCCAAGAGCACAAGUUUAUUGAGGCGGGACAGUACAACGAUAAUCUGUAUGGAACGAGUGUCCAGUCUGUGAAAUAUGUUGCUGAAGGGGGUAAACACUGCAUUCUGGAUGUGUCUGGAAAUGCCAUCAAACGACUACAAGUAGCACAACUCUAUCCCAUCGCCAUCUUCAUCAAACCUAAGUCUAUCGAUUCUUUAAUGGACAUGAAUAAGAGACUGACAGAGGAACAAGCCAGGAAGACGUUUGACAGAGCCUUGAGGCUGGAGCAGGAGUUUGGUGAAUUCUUCACAGCGCUGGUUCAAGGAGACACUUUAGAGGACAUUUAUAACCACUGCAAACAGGUGAUAGAGGAACAUUCAGGACCCUAUAUCUGGAUCCCCUCAAAGGAGAAACUAUAAUAACUCAUCACCCUGGGAGGGAGUCGGGACUGCUAGAAACUAUUAAUAAGUUGUAACAUAUGAUAACUGUAUGGCAAUGAAUAGUCUCUCAUAAAUAAUUAUUGUGUAUAUGUUUCAUGUUUUUUCACUUUUGUUUGGUUAUUGCCUCAUUUUUCACUCAAUAUGAAUGUUCCUGAAUGUAUUCCACAAGUGUUAGGACAUGUUUGUAUAUUUGUUUAUUUUUAUUUUUAUUUGAACAAAAAAGAA